UUCUGAUACUGUAUUCAGAACCCUUCGUCUGCUUACAUUAAAUAUUGAGGGGAGAGACAGAAAGAGAUGCAAGCACCGUAACACCGGUCCAAUGCAGCCGAUUGCAGAGUCCGAUCCCGAAGAAAUUCCAGCUGUGAAGCCUCGUGUUCCUGAACGUCACACCUGAUGCAUUGAUUGUCACGAAGUGCGCAGCCAUGGAGAAUGAUCAGAGUGUAACAACGUCAACCACAACCACCACCGUCAGUACGUCUCCCAGGACACAGGCACCACAGAUCUCCGUCUACAGCAGCUCGGACCGACAAGCUGUUCAAGUGAUCCAGCAAGCUCUGCACCGACAGCCCAGCACUGCAGCCCAGUACUUGCAGCAGAUGUACGCAGCACAGCAGCAGCAUUUGAUGCUGCAGACAGCAGCACUGCAGCAGCAGCAUCUGAGCAGCACCCAGCUCCAGAGCCUGGCGGCCGUCCAACAGGCAGGUGGACGACAGUCAUCAUCUCCUACAGGGAGCAUCAGCCAGCAAUCAAGUGUGUCACAGACCUCAAUUAAUCUUUCGCCCUCCUCCGCUGCCCCUCAGCUGAUGAACCGCACCCAGACCGCCAACACCUCAGGCAGUGGGAUUACCCAGCAGGCCAUGCUGCUCGGCAACACCACCCCCACCCUGACGGCAAGCCAGGCCCAGAUGUACCUCCGGGCCCAGAUGCUGAUUUUCACUCCCACUGCUACUGUAGCCACUGUCCAGCCUGACAUUCCUGUUGCUUGUUCCUCUUCCUCGGUGUCUGCACCUACUCAGGUUCAGAAUCUAGCGGUUCGGAGCCAGCAGCUGGGUGCGUUGCCUGCUCCGUCUGCCCAGAGUGUCCCGCUGAAAGGCACCUGCCAGAGCCAGCCACUCCCAAUGAGCCACACGAAGGCGGCGGGACAGGGCGUCUCGUCCAAGGCCAACCUCGCCGACUCGGGCACCGAGAGCUCCAAGAAGGGAGAGAGCCUGACUCCACCCAGCCCCGAGCUGCGUGUCUCCACGGUAACCCGGCUGCAGAUACCAGCCAGCACACAGCAGCUCAUCGCUCCUGCGCCGUACACCCCAAUGCAACAGCACCAGCUCAUCAAGCAGCAGCAGUUGACUCAGCACCAUUCCCCGCCCAAAGCCCAUCACCAGCUCCUCAUCCAACACCAGCAGGUUCCCCACCGGCAGACCCAGGUCUCCGAGGCCGACCCCCCCCAGCAUUGCCCCCCGCUCCCGCCCCAGGGGCAGCCGCCGGCCCCGCCCCAGCCGCCGCACUGCGUCUCCACCCAGGCCCACAGCCAGCCGCUCAGCUCCCACCCCCAGGGCCAGCAGCACACGGUGGUGGUGUCCCCCGCUCUGCCCCGCUCGCCCCCCGCCUCGCCCGCCCCCCCUCCCAGCAUUAUUGUCCAGCCCCAGUCCCUGGCGCCCCCACACGCCCACCGCUCGCCCGUGGCCCAGAUCGGACCCCUGCGGCAGGCCCGCCCCCCCCGCCCAGGAGGUCCUGCCCCCGGCCCCCGCCCACCUCCCGCGCCUGCCCUUACAGUCGGUCCGCGCCCUGGCGGUGGCGCCCGAGAUGGUGUCGCCCGCCCAGGCGCUGCCCUCGAGGGAGCAGCUGCCCGCUGCCCAGGCCCUCAUCCAGAUGCCCUUCCAGGCCCUCCCUCCGCCUCAGACCAUCGCCGUCAACCUGCAGGUCCACGCCUCGCCGCCAGUCGACGUGCCGCUGAACGAGCGGGGACGCCGGUCGUGACCUCGGCGAGUGCCUCUGUCAUCAGGUCCUCUGCUGACACCCUGCAGUUCUCCAGCACCUCGAGUCCCACCAUCCCAGCUGCCAAGCUGAAACCCAGCGGAGCCGCUCCCUCCUCGGGCAACCUGCCGGGGGUGGACAACAAGCCACCCCAGGCCAUCGUCAAACCGCAGAUCCUGACCCACGUCAUCGAGGGAUUUGUGAUCCAGGAGGGGCUGGAGCCAUUCCCCGUGAGUCGCUCCUCACUGCUGACCGAGCAGCCCGUCAAGCAGAAAGUGGCAAGCGAAGUUCCAACCACUCCCCCUGCCCCUGUGCAGUCGGCCGGAGAGAUCCAGAGUAACGCCAGCAAACCGCUUGAAGAGUCCCUCGACAGCGAUGUGGAUGACCUCACUGGUGAAGAAGGAAUGGAGGGCAGUGACCCAGAUAUGCUCAAGUGUGAGUUCUGUGGCAAGAUGGAUUACGCUCACAAAUUCAGAAGGUCAAAACGUUUCUGCUCCAUGUCCUGUGCCAAAAGGUACAACGUAGGUUGCAGCAAGCGGAUGGGGCUUUUUAAGUCGGACAAGAGCUCACGGUGGAACAGAAAGCCGGAGCCUCACGUAUUCAGUCGGCGGGGGAGGAGGGCCAACAUCCUUGAAGGAGCAUCAGGAGACCACUUUAUGAGACAGAUGCCGGUUGGUUUCCCUCCUGCAGAAGAGGCCACGGCCACGUCCAACCCACCGCUGCCCGAGGAGGCCGUGAGUGUCGCCAUGACGACCCGCCGUCGGCAGAAUGAGCGGGAGCGGGAGAUGCGCGAGCUGAGGAUGAGGGAGGCGCCGAACUGCGGCGAGGCGCUGCACGCAGACCCGACGACGUGGACCGUCGAUCACGUGUGGGAGUUCAUAUACUCGCUGCCAGGUUGUAAGGACAUAGCUGAGGAAUUCCGAUCCCAGGAGAUUGAUGGGCAGGCUCUGCUCCUGCUGAAGGAGGACCACCUCAUGAGUGCCAUGAACAUCAAGUUGGGUCCAGCACUGAAGAUCUGCGCCCGCAUCAACAUGCUGAAAGAGUCCUAACCUUCCUCAUCUCUAGUGUAAAAGCUGCUAAACCCUUCCAUUUUGCUGAUUUUUAAGAGGACAAGCGUUAGGACCUGAGCUGGUAUGAUUACAUGUACCUGCGAGGACCUUGUGGUGGACUAUUAGAGCGAAAGGUCAGAGCAAUGUUACCUGAGGAUCCCUUGUCUUUACAUAUAGAACCUCCAAGAACUUCAAGGGAAGUUACCUUCAACAGGAUCUUGCCAAAUCUUGAGUUCCAACAAUUCAACUCACACCCGUGCGUUGCCAAAAGGGCUUCAGUUCUCCGACUAUGAUGUCACCUCAACCAAUAGGACCUCCCUCCUCCAGCCACUGCUGUCCAUCAACUCUUAUUGACUGGCAUCGAAGGACAUCCUGGUUCGACUUUUUGGUUCACAUCCUCCUUUUAUUCCCUUCCACUUCUCAGGGUGACAAGAAGCCGAGCUGCACCUUGAGAAUGUGAUGGGGAGCCAUCACGUCGAUACCACCCUUGGGAGAAGUGCAGUUGAAUCACUUGUUCUGUCUUCAGUGGGCUCCAACAUAUCCACUGAGCCGCCUGCAUCAGUCUGAACACCUGAACUGGAAUCUUCAGUUGUUGAUACAAAUGACCCCAUCUCUGGGGCUUGUUUCAAGCUCGGGUCAGUACCCACCCAAGUUCAGACACAAUCUGGAGGGUAGAUUUGACCAUGUAGUAGAUUAUGUCAAUAUUUUUCGGCUCAACCAAAAGUGACUCCCACCAAAGUCACCAAAAUUUGUGUGUGAAUGCAUGUGUGUGUGUCUGCAUGUGUGGGUACAUGAACACACGUGUUUGUGGGUACAUGUACACGCAUGUUUGUGAGUGUGUGUAUCUUGCUUUAAUCUGUUACAGUUGCAGAGACAGGUGACAGGGAACCUGCAGUCAGACAGGGAGAAGUGGUUCAUUCAGAGAUUUUCUGACCACCCACCAUGCUGAAUGCAGUGAAGCCAUUGAUGCUUUGACCCUAGUCUGGCCCCAAAAACUCUAUAGCUUGCUGGCAUGAGAUGCUGGAUCCCACAGUCUAGGUUUCCUCCACCUUCCCUUCCUCUUACAACCUUCAGGUGUUUGAAACCCAAACCUGGCAACACUACAGGUGUAACUUUCAAAUUAAUACUUGGGGCUAAACACGCCGUAUCGGAUUGUCCGGCCAUUAGAGUGCAGAAUCCUACAGCACAGAACGGGACAUUAAUCCUUUUCCAAGGAGCUGCCAAACUCUUUCCCAAAGCUCAGCAAUUUUUUUUCUUUUCCUCAUCUUUUUUUCUGAGUUACCUUACAUUUUAAAGCCGGAAAGGGGAUGUGCCAAAGAUUUGGCUGCUGUUCCGGGGGGUGCUGAGGGAGAGCUGUACUGUUGGAAGGAUGAGACUUCAAACAUAGGCCCUGUCUGCUCUCUUAGGUGGAUGUGAAAGAUCCCAUUGUUUCAAGUGAAGAAGAGGAGAUAUCCCUUGGUUAACAUUGUUAAAGUUAGAUGGCCAAAUCUUUACUGAAAAUCCAAAAACUGCAGAUACUGGAAAUCUGAAAUAAAAACAGAAAAUGCUGGAAACACUCAGUGGGUCAGGCAGCAUCUGUGGGGAGAGAAACAGGCAAUGUUUCAGGUCAGGGACUCUGCAUCAGAACAAAGAGUGCUGCCCCUAAACUUUUAAAUUGUUACCUUUCUGCAGAUGCGGCCUGAUCUAGCCAAGUCAUUACCUUGUUGCUGUUUGGGGAUCUUACUGUGCCCAUAAUGACUGAACACUUCCUACAUUGCAAAGUGAUCUCACUUUAAAAGGCCAUUCACUGGUUGGGCUUACUGAAAGGGAGACGAGGGAGAAGUCUCUCUAUGUCCUUGGGUUCCUAGCUACUUUUAGCUUCAUUAUCGAAAUGGAGUUUAUUGUCAUUUGCACAAGUACAUGUAUGCAUAGGUGCAAUGAAAAACUUACAGCAGCACCACAGGCACAUCGCAAGAUCUAAGCAGGAUUCAUGAGAAAAACAUGAAUUAAACAUAAACAAUUUAUACAAGAAAGAACACAAUUAGAACAAAAAAAAAGUCCAUUUUAGUGCAAAGUGGUCAUAGUGUUGCUAAACUGUAGGGAUUAGGGUUGUGCCGGUUGGUUCAAACACCGAAUGGUUGAAGGGAAGGAGCUGUUAAUUGGUAUUGGUAUUGGUUUAUUAUUGUCACUUGUACCGAGGUACAGUGAAAAACUUGUCUUACAAACCGAUCUUACAGGUCAAUUCAUUACACAGUGCAGUUACAUCAAGUUAGUACAGAGUGAUUUGAUGUAGUACAGGUAAACAAAUAACAGUACAGAGUAAAGUGUCACAGCUACAGAGAAAGUGCAGUGCAAUAAGGUGCAAGGUCACAACAAGGUAGAUCGUGAGUUCAUAGGUCAUAGUCCAUCUCUUUGUAUAAGGGAACUGUUCAAUAGUCUUAUCACAGUGGGGUAGAAGCUGUCCUUAAGUCUGGUGGUACGUGCCCUCAGGAAUAAUAAUUCUACCAGUUCUUCAGCUCAAAUCAAAAAGCUCAUUCAUUAAUCUUCAGUGCUUGGUGUUUUCAGUUACGUGUAAACUUCAGAUGUUUAACCUGAAAAUGAAAGCUGGACACAUUUCUAUAAUGGAUUAUCAUUCUGGAUUUGCAAGCCUCCGAGCCGUUAUGCUUUGAUUUAACCAUUACUGCAUUGUGCUUGAGCUGUUCAGAAGGAUUUCCUCACCCGUAAACGGCGCAGAUCCCAAUGGGCACUUCCAGCAGCUGCUUGUCAUUGGUUGGUUUGUGAGCUGGGUGGGACAGAGAUCAUUUACCCUUCCUCUUGCCUCUCUACCAGGGUCUUGGUAUCCAACCUGAAUGCAAUGGGGCCCAAUCACAGGGUCUUUUUCCCAGGGUGGACAUGUCAAAUAAUAGAAGGCAUAUCUUUAAACUGAGAGGGGCCUAGUUUAGAGGAAGUUGGUGUGGCAAGUUUUUUUUACACAGAGAGUGGUAGGUGCCUGGAACACACUACCAGGGGAGGGGGUGAAAGUGGAUACGACAGCAAUGUUUAAGAGGCAUGUAGACAGACACAUUAACAGGCAGGGAAUGGAGGGAUACAGACCAUUUGCAGGCAGACGUGCAGUUUAAAUUGGCAUCAUGGUUGGCACAGACAUUGUGGACCAAAGGGCCUGUUGUUAUGCUGUACUGUUCUAUGUUGGGUUCAGGUUGAGCUGGGUGUAUAUCUUGACAGGACAUUCAGAGGCUGUACUGUGCCAGUUCUAUCUAUCUCAGGACAGUGAGCUUGGUAUCACUGCCUCUGCCCUCUGUUCUUGAUCAACACUGAUGUGUGUGCAGCGCAGUGUCUUCUGCUUUCCUGCAAAUUCUUUUUGGAUUGGCUCAGAUAGAUAAUGGAAAGAAUUAGUCGGGCGUGGGUCGGUACCAUUUACCAUGAUCUGGUUAGGUUGUAGUUUUUCCCAGAGCAAACCUGUACACUGGACUGACGACAUUAGAAUCAAAAAUAGAAUAUCAAACCUCCUUUAAACUAUUCCUCUCUCACUUUAAGGAUAUGCCCUCUAGUAUUUGACAUUUCCACCCUGGGAAAAAGAUUGACCCAUUAAUCAUUAACUUUACGUCAUUAACCAAUAGGGCACUGUGUUGAGUAUUUGCAAAAUUAAUGGUUUGCCCAGCCUCUUCUCCGUACCUUGUCAUUUGUCAUUGGAGGUGCGUCAUAUGGGUCACAUGGUUAGUGAGAUCAGAAUUUGGUUCAAAAUUACCGGCUUUCCCUUUAAGAUUAAACUUCCCUUCAAGUACAGACAACUACAUUGAAAAUCUAGUGGAUUGAAGGUGGAAAAUUGGUAUAUUACUGUCACAUAUACCCAGAUACAGUGAAAAACUUUGUUCUGCAUGCCAUCCAUACAGAUCAUUUCAUAACAUCAGUACAUCGGGGUAGUACAAGGGAAAACAAUGACAGGAUGCAGAAUAAAGUGUUAGAGUUACAGAGAAAGUGCAGUGCAGGCAAACAAUAAGGUGCAAGGCCAUAACGAGGUAGGUUGUCAGGUCAAGAGUCCAUCUAGGGGACUGUUCGUCAGUCUUAGAAAGUGGGAUAGAAGCUGUCCUUGAGCCUGGUGGUACGUGCUUUCAGACUUAUGUAUCUUCUGCGCGAUGGGAGAGGGGAGAAGAGGGAAUAUCCGGUGUGGGUGGGGUCUUUGAUUAUGUUGGCUGCUUUACCGAGGCAGCAAGAAGUGUAGACAGAGUCCAUGGAGGGGAGGCAGGUUUCUGUGAUGCGCUGGGCUGUGUCCACAACUCUCUGCAGUUUCUUGUCCCGGGCAGAGCAGUUGUCAUACCAAGCCCUAAUGCAUCUAGAUAGGAUACUUCCCAUGGUGCGUCAAUAAAAAUUGGUGAGGGUCAACUGGGACAUGUCAAUUUUCUUUAGCCUCCUGAGGAAGUAGCGGUACUGCUCCACUUUCUUGGCCAUGGUGCCUACAUGGUUCAACAGGACAGGCUAUUGGUGGUGUUCACUCCCAAGGUAGUGGCUCCCAAGUUAGAUGUGUGUGAGUGUAUGAUGACAUGAUAUUAAGCCACAGGGAUCUGCCCUGGGUUUGAUGCUCUCUAGCGGAGUGGAAUGAUUAGAACUGGCCUCAAAACUCCUGGAGUAUCUGUCAGGGUCUCUGCUGAUGCUGCUUUUACAGAGAUCUUCCUGGCAAAUGUGCGUGGGUGCAAAUGAUACGAAGGCUGUAAUGGCUGCCUGGUGCAAUGGGCACUGCCGUUCUCUGGUUAGUUUGAAGGUGAAGAGUCCCCACUUUGCCAUCACUUAUUGUCCACAGAACUGUGGUCUAGCAGGAGCCCGAAGAGGAGAGAAUUAAUAUACCAUGUCGGCCGCACUUGUGGGUAACAGUAAUCAGAAUGGCAGCUCAUUGAAGUGGUGCAUUGGGUUCAACUUCACCCAGGCUGAUGGCAGAUACAGCCACUUCCAGUUUAACAACAGUGCGGGUGGAAUUGGUCUUGACACCACCAUCCUGAUGGAUUAUCUUCCGGCUCCCUCCCAAACUGAUGUUCGGCCUGUUGGUGGAUCACAGGGACCGAUGCAAAAACAGUUAACUAUUUAACAAGGCUUUUGGCAAAUGGCCUCUGGAAACUAUUUUACUGUCUUUAUUGCAAAUUAUGAAUGUUUUUCUUCUAAUGUAUAGUGUUAUUCUAAUUCCAUGGAACACUUGUAGGCACAUUAAGCCACUGCCAAUAUUGUCUCUGAUAGCUUUGAGAAGGCAUUUGAUUUAAAGAGUCAGGGACACAAUAUUGGCCCACAUCGACUCUGCAUAGCUGCCCAAUAUCUGGCGCAGGAGCAGAUUCAAGUCAUGCUCAGUUUUUCCCAACAGAUGAAUAAUUGCAAUAUUCUGUUUUGUACAUGGGUGUAUUUUUUAUCUGUUGAAUGUGCAAUAGUUGUUUAAGCAUCUACAUGGGUGUUGCUGUGGUAAACACAGCUGUGACAAAGUUUUCACGAUUAAACCAUGUCAAAACCAACCAGCCAAGGGUCUUGUGACCGUCAUCCCCAAA